AUGAUGGAUAAUGUUUCAGGGAUUUCCAUGUUUACUCUUUCAGGGUUCAGUGGCACAUUCAGCCACAGAGUCACUCUCUUUCUGCUCACCUUGCUGUGUUAUUGUGUGAUUUGGUUGGUGAAUCUAACAAUCGUUGUGACAAUUAUAAUAGAUAAAAACCUCCAUGAACCAAUGUACAUCUUUCUCUGUAAUCUGUGCAUCAAUGGACUUUAUGGGACUGCAGGAUUUUAUCCUAAAUUUCUCCAUGACCUCCUGUCCACCACAUAUUUAAUUUCUAUUCCUGGAUGUUUUCUGCAGGGUUUUGUUAUUCACUCCUCAGCCUGUGCUGAAUUAUCUCUGCUCGCUCUAAUGGCUUAUGACAGAUAUGUGGCUAUCUGUCGUCCUCUACUGUACCACUCUAUGAUGAAUAGAAAGAGAAUUGCUGUUUUUGUAUUUUUUGCUUGGAUUACUCCAUUUUACCUAAUCUUUAUUAGCUCAGUAACAACAGUAACAUCAAGGUUUUGUGGAUCCCACAUACCAAAGAUCUACUGCAUCAACUAUUUUAUUUCUAAGCUGGCUUGUUCUGCCUCAAUAGCUCCGGUUGUUGUUCCUGCUUUUAAUUACACAUUUUAUGUUGGCCUAGCACUUUUCAUUAUUUGGACUUAUUUUUUUCUGGUUAGAUCCUGCCAAUCAUCCAAAGAAAACAAACAUAAAUUCAUGCAGACGUGUUUGCCACAUUUAUUCACUUUGAUAAUUGUUGUUGGAUCGUUGCUGUUUGAUUUGUUGUACAUGAGAUUUGGCUUACAGGAGUUUUCGGAAAAUGUGAAAAAUUUUAUCUCAAUGGAGAUUCUUGUCAUCCCACCAGUGAUAAAUCCUCUGAUCUACGGUUUCAAACUGACUCAGUUAAGGAAAAGAGUCUCACAUGUCAUAUUCUGCCGAGGUUCAAAGUUUAGAUAA